AUGCCUUGUUCUGAAGUAGUCAUUAAUGCUGGUGAUGACCUUACUGCUGAGGAAGCUGAGCUUGCAGUUCUUCUUUCUGAUGAAGAGAACUCAGCUGAUAAUGGUCAGAUAGUUUAUGAUACUUCUGUAACAUCUUCUGUUAGAGACUGUGCUAUUACAGAAAUGCAAACCAAAGGAGUUACUGUUGGAAUUGCUGAGAUGAAGGAAGCCAAGCUUGUACUACCAAAAAUAGCAGGUCUUGCUAAGAAAGUACAUGACUCUUCUCCUCUCAAAGAAGAGUUUGAUUGUCUUGUUGACACUGAGGCUGUUAACAAGAGUUCUCAUAUUUAUGGUCAAAAGUAUGCUCUUGAUUAUUAA